UCUAAAUUUUCUUCUUCAGGUAUCUGAUCAUACUUAGUCCUAAGAAGCAUAAGAUGUGCCGCUUCCAGCCGGCUUUUCACUAUAGUAAUCAGUUUAUUAAAUAUACAUGGUCCAAAGGUCUGGUCUGUGUCUGUGGUAAGUCCGCAGAAGCAGGAGCGGGUUGUGCUCGGAGCUUUCCCUUUCACCCAGCUGGACAGUGGAGAGCAGGAACGGGGUUUCUGGUGCGGUGGGCCUGGCCGGAGGCAGGGCAGGCUGCAGCCAUGCUGCCCUCCUUCAGUUACCUGACGGAGCACACUGGCUUCCGCGGCACCAUCAAAAACUCUCCGAGGGACUUCGUAGUGACAGAGCUGGAGAUGCCCGAACUCUUCCUCGGAGACACCCGCGCUGAAUUGCUCCAGAAGACCAGCGAAGCGCCGCCGGCACAGAGCAGCCUGUGCUCGCAGGAGCCCAAAAAGCGGAGGACGGAGCCCCAUGGGCCGGGUGCCCCCGGGUGCCUCCGGGCUGCUCCGCCCGGGCCCCCUGGGCGCCGCCCAAGCCAGGUGGGAGGCGGCUGUGCUGCAUCCCCCAGCAAAAGUGAGCGUGAGGGAGACCCCGAGCUACAGUCCGGCCUUGGGGAUGCCCCUGUGCUGGAGUCCUUACUCGGCAAGCCCGUGAGCGAGCUGCUCAACAAAUUCGCCUGUGAUCUGAAGGAUACGUGGGGCUUGGAAAACAACGCGGACGCUGGCACUAGGGAGUUCUCGCUAGGACCUAGGCUGGACAAGAAAAUUCGAGCUGAUUUACACAGUGCUGUUAGGCAGAAAUUCCCCUUUCUAGUCACUGUUACAAAAGACAAUGAAAUGAUUGUAAAAGGAAAUCCUGAUUACAGAGAACUUUGUCAAUUAGUGACUGAAAAGGAAACAAGUGAUUUCUUUAAAUUUUUAGACACAAAGCUAGAAAAUUCUACAUUUUCCUUUGAGCCUGAUGGAAACAAAGAGCACAGAAAAAUAGUUCACCACUUUAUCAAUAGGAAGUUUGGAAAGCUUUUAGAAACAAAAUCUUUUACUGUGACAGAUGUCAAUGAUCAGCCAAACACAUCCAUAAUAGUACGGUUUCGAGAAAAAAGUUGGUCCAGAAAAAGGUCUGCUGGUGGUUUUCAGGAGAAGCAAGAUGUUUAUACAGCUUUCACCCUUCAGAAAGAAAACCUAGAAACACUAGAAGCAAUCGGCUUGCUGGCAGCUGAACUUGAUAUUCUUCCUUCAGACUUCAGUUACACUGGCAUCAAAGAUAAGAAGGCUAUCACUUUGCAGCCUAUGGUUGUGAAGAAGGUGACUCCUGAGAGGUUGAAGGAAAUUGGAAACAAAAUGGAAAAAAAAGGUAUGAAAAUAUACAAUAUCCGUCCAGCAUCCCAGCACCUCAGACUUGGUCAGCUGAAGGGCAAUCACUUUGACAUAGUUGUCAGAGAUCUCCAACACCACAGUCAUGACUCUUCUACAGAUUUGAAGAAGAGAAUAUCUGAAGCAAUGGAAAGCAUUGAGACAAAAGGUUUUGUGAAUUACUAUGGACCUCAGCGAUUUGGACAAGGGCAAAUUGUUCAGACAGAUCAAAUAGGAUUGGCGUUACUGAAUGAAAAAAUGGUGAAAGCUGUGAAAUUAUUUUUCACACCUGAAGAUACUGAUGAUCCUGUAAACAAUGCAAAAAGAUACUUUCUUCAAACUGAAGAUGCAAAGGGCACACUUGUGAUGCUGCCAGAAUUUAAAGUAAGAGAGAAGAUGUUGCUACGAGCUUUAAAUCGCUAUGGUGUAAAUCAUGAAGGUUGUACCAAAGGAUGGCUCAACAUUCCUCACUCCUUGCGCAUAUUCUAUGUCCAUGCUUAUUGCAGUAAAAUUUGGAAUGAAGCAGCAUCAUAUAGGCUGAAGACCUAUGGCUCAAAAGUGGUUGAGGGUGAUCUUGUCUUCUUGGAAGAAAAUGAUGAAAGCUUUUCCUUGAAUGACAAGGUUCAUGUAGUCACUGCUUCAGAAGAAUCAGCUAACAAAUAUUCUAUAUACCAAGUGGUUCUUCCGAUGGUGGGACAUAGUAUCAAGUAUCCCAGUAAUAAAGUUGGACAAUGGUACCAUGAAAGACUUUCUAAGGAUGAGCUGGAGUUGUGCAAAUUCAGAGUGUCUCCAUUACAGCUGAAUAUACCUGGAUGCUACAGACUCAUUUUGAAAAAUGUUCAGAAUCUCUCGUAUUUUUUGGAAAGUAGUGAAAGAGAGAUCGAAAUUGAGGACAACCAUCUGAAUGAUUUAAAAGUCUCUCUUCAUAUAUCAUUUGACCUUGAUCCUUCAUGUUAUGCAACAGUCUGUCUGAGAGAAAUAAUGAAAUGUAAUUUUUAAGAUUCCACAUAGUGAAAGAUUGCUGGAAUACUGUACAAUGUUAGUAUUUCACAUGUAAUGCCAAGAACAUAAGGGAGAAUACCAGGUUCAAGUCAUGAACAGGAAAAAUUUGUAGAUUGAAAUUCAUACGGAUAACGAAAAAAAUUACCAAAAUCCUUUGGAAUGUUUCAAAAUCAUUCCAAACUCUAAAUGCAUUGAAUGCAUUGGAGUAAAACUGUUACACCAGGCAGGUCUAACAGAACUUAAAGAAACCAUGGGCAGCCAGCAUGAAUUCCCUGUUUGCAUAGACAUCUGGCAUGUAAAGUUAAGUCCUGGAAAACUAUUUUCAGCAAGCAAAUAUAUCUUGUAAUUCAUAGUAUUUUUAAAAAAUGUUUUAUACUAAAUGUUGUUUAAGCAAUAAUGUCACAAGUUUACAGCCCAAAGGUUUCUAACUGAAAAGUUGUUGUACUUUGGUUUCCUAAAUAUAUUGUGUUUCAUUGUGUUCAGGUACUUAGUGUUGACAGGUAAAAAUCCUGAGUCAACAGUGACAAGUUGUUGGUUGCUUUAUCAGACAUUUGAUGAAUGCCCCAAAAUAAGUUAAAGCUGACAAUUUCAGGAUUCAGUAGUGUAUAGCUGGGAGAGCCUGGAAGAGCUAAGUAAGCUCUUCAAGAUCAGGCAAGUACUUGACAUCACUGAAAAAGCACUUGUAAUGAAACAAAAACCACUUGGUCUGCUUACCAAGAUGCAGAUGUUCCUGUUACUAUCAAGCCUUAUGGUAGCACAAAAAAAUACUAACCAACUUAGGAAAAAAACCCCUCUUCUAUUUUCUUUUUGAUUAGGUAAAAAAACGUUAACUGAUUAAAUGAGUGGAUUUUUGAAAAAGGGGAGAACAAAAAUGCAUAAUUUACCUUGUCUAUUUGCCACUGUACUGCAAUAUUUGAGAAACCAAAUUAGGACAUUGUAGUUUGGUUGGGUGGCAACCAGAUUAAUGAAAUUAUGAUUGGAUGAUGAGGUUCAGAGAGUAGUGGCUAAAGGGUCACACCCUCCCUGGAGUGAGUGUCACUGGGCCUCAUCCUGCUUCAUAUCUUUGUCAGUGGCCUGGAGGAGAGGAUGGAAUUCACCUUCAUUGAAUCUGCAGAUGACACCAAAUGAAGGGAACAAAUGGAUAUUCUGGAGAGUGAAGUUGCUGUUCAGGGCAGCCUAGACAUGCUAAAGGAAGAGGCCAAUCUGAACUGUAUGAUGCUCACAAAGGACAGAUGUGAAGUGCUAUCUGUGGGAGGGAAGCACCAGUCCAGCAGCCCGUCUCUGCAGGGACCUGGUGGGCAGCUGAAUGGGGGCCCUAUUCAGCUCUGUUCCUCGGCAGCAAGAAAAACCAACAGCCUUCUGGAACAGGUUAGCAGGGACACAUCCAAUAGAUCCUGGGAAGGUAUUACAUCGCAAUUUUCAGCAGUUGUUUGACCACAUUUAACUUUUACAUUUGGUUUUGGUCCUUAGCACAAGAAAAACAUGCAAGAACUGGGCCAAGCUCAGCAAAGAGCCUCUGACCUAUUUAGGGCACUGGAGCCCUUGUCAUUUGAGGAGAUGCUGAAGGGACUGGGCUUCACCAACUUGGAGGAGACACAGUUUGGGUGGGGAUCAAUAGCAGCUCACCAGUACCUAUGAGGAGAUCAGCAAGAAGGUGGGGCCAAGUUCUUCGUAGUGUGUGUGGCAGGAGAACAAGAGACAAUGAGCCUAAAUUGAAAUGACAGAUUUAGAAUGGUUGAAAGGAAGGACUUUAUACCUGCAAGGGCAGUCAGGCAGUGGAACAGGUUGCCCAGAGGCACUGCAGCCUCCAUCUGAGGAGGUUUGUAAGACCAAAUUGGAUAAACCUCUUGGCAACUGUCCUGGUUUCAGCUAGGCUAGUUAAUUUUUUCUCAGUAGCUGUUACAGUGCUGUGUUUUGAUUCGGAAUCAGAAUGGUGUUUUGGCUUUUUGCUGAGUUGACUGUCCUGAGUCAAGGACUUUUUUCUUGUCUCAUGCUCUUGCCAUUGAGGAGGUACACAAAGGAAGCUGGUAGGGAACAGGUGACCCCAACUGACCAAAGGGAUAUUCCAUACCACAGAACAUCAUGCCCAGUAUACGAACUGGGGGGAGUUACCUGGAAGAGGAGCCAAUCUGGGGUUCGGAAGGGAGGUCUGGCAUCAAACAGAGGUUGGUGAGCAAUUCCAUUGAGCAUCACAUACUUUUUACUUUUUAUUAUCGUUAUUAUUAUCAUUGUUUAGUGGAGGCAGUUAAACUAGGGGCCGGAGAUCCUGCCAGCCUGAAUUGCCUGUAGAUGGCAGCAUAACUUAAAACUAGGAGAGUCUACUCAUUUUUGCUGAGCAAGAAUUAAUACUAUAAAUUGAUUUCUAUUUAUUGCAUUAGUUGAUAAAAUGAUUGCAUCAUUUUUGAGAUGAUACUAAAAGCUUAGUAUGAUAAAUUUCCCAAGCUUGAGGAUUAUAGGAAUAGUAAAAAUAGAAAUAAAGCUCACAUAAUUUCAAUGUAUGUAUAGAACUGUGCAGCAAUGAAGGAUCUAGAUGAUUCUAUACCUUAAAAAAGAGGAUUAAUCUGUAAGUCUGGUUCAGUAAUUCAGAAUUUGAUCCUUAGCUCUGUAUGAGGAGAUAGACUGUCAUGCACACAAUAUCUACAGGGCCACUGCAGGUGUCUUACAAUGCAAACUCUAUUGCAGUGCUUAAUCUACACCUCAAAUUUAUGGUGUCCAAAAUGAUGGAAAAAUCCAUUUCCCUGCCAUGACCCAACUGAGUAAACUUUCUUCCGUCUUUGCUUUUUAGUAUCACCUCUUCUGUCUUCCACCUGCCCUUAAAAAUCCUCCUGUUUUGGAAGAUUAUUUUUAACUUCAGUAAUUUUGGUAUAGCACAGUUAAAAAGAGAUGUGUCAGCACAGGCAUGGUAAAGUGCUCCAGCACAGACAGGAGGCUGUAUGCAGUUACAAUGAUCAGAAGAAAUAAACUAGCAUGAAAGUUCUGUUUGAGGAGACUAUUGUGGUCAUCGUCUGGAUGAAUAGAGCCUUGAAAACCAUCUCAUCACAUACACGAUUUGAGUACAGAAGGUAUUAAAAGUUGAGCAUUGAUUUGGAAAAACACAAAAGGUCAGAUUAAAAGGUUUUUGACUGAAAGGCAUGCUAUUUCAAAAUAAAAGAUCAGAAGAUGGUGUUGAAAGAGUUCCCCUAUAAUCAUUUUAGGAUCAUUUGUCAGUACUUCUAUUGAAUACUAAAAAAACCCUAAUCUUCUUAAGUAAAUCAUUCUUUCAGCAACUUUAAGGUGAAAGAGCUAAUUAUGUGUGCCUAUAGGUUAAAUUCCUAGAGUAGAAAUGUUCUACCAGGAAAUCCAGG